AUGUUUUCUGGUGUUCGCGACCAGGUGUGGACAGGGAAAGGGAGUCCUGCAAGAAUCGAUUCUGCCAUCGCUGACGCAAAGGACGCUGCACACAUUUUCCAGCUGGUUGAAACUAUUGGUGAUGACUUUGCGGAAGAGCAUCUUCUCAAGGCUAUACUCAAGCUCUCAGCAGUGGCCCCAGAGAGUGAUACUGGACCAAAUGGGGACAUUGUUACAAGCAAGUCUCUGAAACGGAUGGUCCUGGCAGCAGUGCACAAUGCUCAAGUCUACAGCCUUCUGGAUUUGGCAAACAUCAUAUGUGCUCUGGGGCGCAUUGGUGCAGAGGUGGACGUUGCACACCUCGACUACUGUGCUGUUCAGCUCGCUGAAAGCCUCCCCACCGCUCAGCCCAAUAUCGUCUCCACCUUCAUGUGGGGCUUCACAAAAUUGUCCUAUACGCCAGGGAUCCUUGUCCUGGAGAAGGUCGUCGACUUCUUCUCAAAGUCCAUGGACCACUUCAUGCCCCUGAGCAUUUGUGAAAUCGUCUUUGCACUUGCCAGCAUGCGAAGGCACCCAGGAAGUGACGUGCUGCAGCGCGCCAUGGACAAAAUCGUCACCGCCCACAACCUGCCCAGCCCCAUGGACCCCAUGACUGUGGCAUAUUUGCUGUGGGCAUACAUCGUAUUCAAUGAACACCCUGGCAACGACAUCCUUGUUUGGGUCACAGGGAGCAUGCUGGCCAACCCACACAAUUGGACUGGGAAUGAAGCCAGCAUCCUCGUGUUGUGGGACUUUGCAAACAUAGGGUACUUUCCUGGUCUGGAUCUUCUGAACCUGGUGCACAGUGGGCUGGACCCGUCCACUUGCAUGGAGAAGUUGGGAACAGACAAGGUCAUGCGGCUCUUGCUCUCCUUCUCGAAAUUCAACUACCAUCCUGGAGAGCAGUUCCUUGAGAAGCUCUCAGUUACCUUGAUGCAGUAUGCGGCCCUGCUGAUGGGUGAUGCCAUCGAAAUCGUCCUUUGGGCAUAUGCCACAUUCUCUUUCCCCCCAGGACAGCAGCUGCUGUGGGAGUGUGCAAAAAACGUGGAGCGCAAUUCUCGGAAGUUCAGCCCUGUGCAGCUGGCGAACCUUCUGUGGGCGUUUCAUCAGUUCGAUGCCUGCCACAGCGACCUCUGGUCCACUCUGGUCCAUCAGCUGCAUGUCUACCCUCCACACGCCAUUCCACCCCCUGCCCUCCUUCGCAUAUAUGAGGUGUACCUUUACAUACAGUGCAUGGUGCCCGACAUGGCGAGCCAUGGCUUCGUUCCCCUGAAGUCCGAUCUGGAGGGCCAGUGUGCUUCCUGCUGGAAGGAGCGCAUUAAGCUGCGAGUUCAGCUGCAGAGUGGGGAGGCAGUUGCGCUGCACCAAGAAGUGGGGUCGAUGCUGUCCUUAAUGAACGUCGUGGCAGUGGAGGACGAAGUCAUGGAAGACCAGCUGUUCGCUCAUGACUUCGCCAUCCCGGAAACAAAGACGCUUCUGGACAUCGUCGGUCCAGAGUCGUGCCUGCGCAAUGUCAAGGCCCCCUCAGGGCCUGCUGUUUCCAGAAACCGCCUGCUGCAGGCACACUACAAGGGCAACAGUGCCGGCUGGAGGCCUGUGAGUGUCAAUUUUCAUGAGUGGGAAAUGCACAAGGCCAACGGUGACUGCCAACAGUACCUUGUACAGAUCAUUGCGCCAGACGCCAAGUAG